UCUUCUUCUUCUCCCGACAGCCCCCCCAAGCCCCUCUAGCCACCGACUCAUUUCUUUGAGAAAAUUGGUGGCAAAGCUUGAAUUUUCUCCUUCUUUCUUGUUCAAUCACAAGAUUUGGAGCUUAGAAUUCUCUCUCUCAACCUAGAAAUUUCCGGAUCUGCUCUGCUCUUCCUCCCCUGUCCACCAGUGCUGCUAGGCACGAAAUUCUUGGCUUUUUCGGCCCAUGAGCCCCCUGCAGAAUUGCCGCCGGCUUCUUCCCUCCGCCAGGUCCGGUUCUGCAGCUGGAUGGAAAUUUUGGGUUCUUGAAUAUUCUAUCACCCUAGCACUUGGAGUGAGUCUUCGGUUUUGUGCGAGUAAGGUAAGUAAAUUAUGGUAAAGCCCUUUGAUUUUAAAACAUUAUUUAAAUUGUUUUUGAGAUGGUGGCAAGGUUUAAAUUGAUUUUAUCAGCAUUUAAGUGUGAUUAAACUGAAAUGAAAAUUGUGAUGAUUUUUAUGAAAAUUAUUGUUUUGUGAAAUUGAGCAGGAUUGAAAUAAAAUUGUUUUCAUUUGCAUUGAGUAAAGCAUGCCUAUUUGGAAUUGACUGAACUGGCUUGAUGAACUGAGAAUUUUGUAAAUGAUGAGUUUUUUUGUUAAAUCCAUGCUCACAUGGAAAUUUUUUGGUUUAUUUCUGAAAUUUGAGAUUUAUGGUGAAUUAUGGAUUUUUUGUAAAUUUUGCAUGGUUUUGUUUCUGAUAUAGUCAUGAUUACUGACGCCUGUUAGUUGGAGUUUGCAAAUGAUAGCACAUGUCGACAUGUAUUUUUGUAGAACCGGUUCAUCUUGCCAAUGGGGUUAAACAUUGUGGGAGUUUGUUAAACACUGGUACCAUUACUGACGCCUGCCAGUGGGAGUUUGUUAAACACUGGUACUUCUGUAACUCUGCCAAUGGGGUUAAACAUUGGUUAUUACUGACGCCUGCCAGUGGGAGUUGUUAAACACUGGCCAUGACUUAUAGAUGAGACUACUACUGAAUUUUCUCUGCAUUAACGGUUUGUUAUUGAACGCUUUGCUAUUGAACUGAAUCUGCAUACGGUUUGUCAUUGAACGCUUUACUAUUGAACUGAAUCUAAUUCUGCAUACGGUUUGUCAUUGAAUGCUUUGGUACUGAACUGAACUUGAUUCUACAUUAACGGUUUAUCAUUGAAAGUUCUGUUAUGCUUACAUGGUUUAUCUGAUAUGCUUAAAUUUUACCUAAGGGCUAUCCAUAUUUACUUAUUGAGUUAUCUCAUAGUUUUCCUUGUCCACCAUUUCAGGAAGCGAAAUAGAGGACAGGGAAAACAAGGGGGGUGACGAGGUAGAAGGCUAGCCAUUCUAAUUGGAUAUGAAAUUUUAGAUUUUAUCAUUCUUUUGUAAGGUAGAUUUUAUUCUUGAGAUGUUGUGAUUUGAAUAAAUUCCAAGCCUUGUGCACUUGUGGGACCCAUUUCACGAGUGCACGGCGUCUGCUAUAUCCCUGGAUUUGGGUUCUGGGGUGUGACAAUUAUAAAAUCAAAAUAAUCUCAAACUUUUGAUCAUUUGAAAAAAUUUUAAAACUCUAAUUUACAAUAUAUGAGAGCACUAUUU